AAUUUUCCUCUUGCUUUGAAGCCUAACAAAGCUGGCAGCAAAGAAAGAGUUGAUUCCUUACAUACCCCACGUCUUUUGCCUUUGAGACAUUCCUUAUUAUUCGUGUACAAAUAAAAUGCACCUAUUGAUUCUCCAUCUUCUAACGCAUUCCAUACUUUCCCUCCGGGCUUUCAUCCCAUUUCCUUCUUCCCCACCAUCUCCCUCCGCCUCAUGUCGUCGGAGAUCGAGAAGCCUCGAAUCACCGAGCUCCAAGUCCGAAUGGACUGCAACGGUUGCGUUCAGAAGAUCAGAAAGGCGCUCCAUGGGAUUCAUGGUAUUUAUGAAGUCUAUCCAGAUAUUGCUCGACAGAAGUUGACAGUCAUAGGAUGGGCGGAUCCGGAGAAGAUCGUUAAGGCAAUUCGGAAGACUAGGAAGACUGUAACGAUUUGUUCGCAUUCGGAACCACCCGAAGAGGCUACUCAGCCACCGGAACAACCACCGGAGACAACGAAUCCGACUCCAUCAGAAACUCAACCGCCAGCUGACGCUUAUGCUGCUUCUCCACAACCUGAAGCUGAAACUGCAGAGCCACCGAAAGACCAACCACCUCCAGAGACUCCACAGCCUGAACUGGCACCCGCACCCGCGGAUGUGAGUGUCGACCAGCAACCACCGCAACCUUCGGGACCAAAAGACGUAGGAGUUCACGUAAUAUGUCACCAGCCACCCGAUUGCGGAUACAGAUACGGAUACGCUCACAGUUACGGAGGAGGACCCUAUGGUACACAAUACCCUACUUGUCAUAGCCAAUGCAGUUUCUAUCCUAAUGGCCAACCUUUCCACCAUCAACCACUGCCGCAAUCGCCCGUCGUAACUCACAGCUACAACACGUACAAGCCGUCACCAUACGUAACGGAAUACGAAUACGUCCGUUCGCCGCCGCGACACUCGCAUUACAGUAGGAUCGAUCAUUACAGAGACGGGUAUUAUAGUAAUUACAGCUAUGCCAGCAGCAGCAACGGCAACGGAAAUAUUUCGUCGAUGUUUAGCGACGAAAAUCCGAAUGCAUGUAGCAUAAUGUAGAAAGUUAAUAAAGAAUAUUGAUACGACAUGCGCAGAAAAAGAGAGAAAAAUAGAAAGAAAAUUGGAGAUGAUGAAGGAGAGGUAUAGAUUCCAUGCUUGUAAGUGCUGGAAGAAUCGAUUCUGCAAUCCACUUGUGAGAGGUAUUAUUUGUUAUCAAAGGAUCAUUUACGUGUGAAAAAUGAAUGUGCUCAAGA